AUGUAUUUAGCAGUGGGUCAGACGACUUCUCGAGGAGUAUGGCGCGCCAUUGAGACUGCUCUCGGAUCAUCCACACGCGUGAGAUGCCUCAAUUUGUUGGGGCAGUUUCAAUCUCUGCGUCAAGGCGAUUUAUCACCAUCAGAGUAUCUCGGCCAAGCUCAACAGUUGGUGGAGAACCUUGCUCUUGCCGGCCGGCCAAUGUCGUUAGAAGAGCAAAACCUAUAUGUUUUCAAAGGAUUGCGCCCGGAGUUCUGGGCAAUGACCGCCACCCUCGUUGUUUCGGGUAAUGCGGUUUCAAUUCCUCAAUUGGCUGAUUACAUUCAGGCACAACAAUUCAUCCAUUCGGAUGAAAUUCCUACUGGAAUAGCGAGACUGCCGACUGGAUCACCGUCGACUAUGUAUGCUGGUAGGAGUCGCGGACAGUCCGGUCAUGGAGGUGGCCGGAACUCUUGUGGCGGAGAGAACAGAGGUGGAUAUCGUGGAGGACAGAACCGCGGAGGGCGUGGCCGAGGAGGGCUGCGCUGCCAGAUUUGCCGUGCGAAUGGUCAUUCUGCCUUGCACUGCUAUCGCCGCUACUCCGACGCACCACCGUCGCCGCCACAAGCCAAUGUGGCUGUUACUGCUGAUUCCGCGACAGAUAUGGCUCCGUGGUAUCCGGAUACCGGGGCCACGUCUCAUGCGACGCCGGAUGCUAGGAUGAUGAGUUAA